GCGCGCAUUGGACACUAAUAGUCACGUGGAUGUUGGCUAAAACGAGAGAACAUUCUAGAAGAUGGCCGCCGUGUGUGUUGCUGUUAUAUCUAAAGAGAAUUACCCAUUGUACAUCAGAACACUGCCAACUGCGAAUGAACUAAAGUUUCAUUACACGGUGCACACUUCACUUGAUGUUGUGGAUGAGCGCAUUAAUUCAGUGAGCAAGAAUGCAAAUGAUUUGAGAGAGCUGUAUCUAGGACUGCUCUAUCCAACAGAGGACUAUAAAGUAUAUGGAUAUGUAACAAAUACAAAGAUUAAGUUCAUUAUUGUAACUGAGUCAUCGAACACAACCAUAAGAGAUAAUGAGAUAAGAAGUAUGUUCAGAAAGCUUCAUAAUGCAUAUACGGAUAUGGUGUGUAACCCAUUCUACGUCGCUGGGAAUAGUAUAACAUCAAAGUCUUUUGAGAAGAUACUUCAUACCAUCGUGCAAGAGUGAUGGGUUCAUUUUUGAAACCACUAGUUUGAAGGGUGACAAUCUUCUGAUAAAGGGUGUACGUGAGGUACUCAAAUCACAUUACAAAGAGUAAUCUGCAUUAUCUGUGUGCGUGUUUGUAAAAGUUAAUCACGCAAGUGAGUUCAUAUCCCCAAUGGAGCCUAAAGAAGAGAGAAAUCGACGGCAACAGUUGAAAGGUUUUAUGUUCCUCACCGGCGUAGCAGGAGUUUCGAUUUUGAGUGGUGCUGCAGUUACUAUCGGCCUGGCUAAGAAACAAGACCCAACUCAUUUUUCAAAAGGCCUACUUGGUAGCAAACAGUUAAGUGAAUCUGGAGCAUCUCUCGCCAUGCGUGCACUCGGUAGAGGAACUCUGUACUCUGUUGCUGGUGUCGGCA